AUCUACUCUAGACGUACAAUGUAAUAAUCUACAUGCUAUAUGCGACUUCAUAGUUAAAGAGGUACUGAAUAAAUUUUUUUAAUAUAUUCUAAUACGGUACGGUAUUGCAUUUACUCUUUAAAAAGUCUUCGAUAUAUGCUGCGUACACGUGCACUUAUAAAUGAGCAGUAAGCUGCAAAUACUGAAACUCAUAACUUCUCUCAAUUUCUUAAAUCAUUGGUUGAAUUUCAUUUAUUAAUUAUGUUUUGUUUUGAUUUUUCUAAUUUCAUUUUUACCAGAGAUAUACAUGUCUCUAGUUUUAUACUUAUCGUUACAUAGUCAGAAAAUUACUCAGGUGUGACAAUUUCAUUAAUACCUGUUAGCCCCGCCUACUACAGAUAAAAAUAACUCUUUGGAAAACUUGUCCGACAGGUUUCAGUGAAUAGAAAAUGUUCAGGUAGUGUAUCGAUCGAAAAUCUAAAAAUAAACCACGAGACACCCUAAACACGCGAGGAGGGGUUAGGGGUAAAGCUUUCUGUAUUUAUACUGGGACCGCAUCCCCCUCUGGAGGGGACAGGGAGUUAUUCUUCAUCGAAAAACGUUCUACUAUAAACUGUAAAGAUGAGUUUGUGGCUGUUCUUAUGUGGCACACUUGCCGUUGCCAUGGCACAGUCAACAGUUCUUCGAGAAAGCACGUGCACUGCAGGAAGUCGAACUGCCAUCAUUCAGCAGGGAGCCCAGGCCAUGAUCGGCGGAAUCAUCAAAAUGAGGGGGUCAGGGACUGGGGGGUAUGGCUGUGGCGAUAUCAGCACAGGUUGGAUGCAAUCUUAUGAGGCCAUGCGAUGGGCUUUAGACAGAUUAAACAAAAAGAAUACAAUUCUGAAUGGAGAAAGUCUGACAGACAGCUAUGUUCCUGGGGUUAAGCUGGGUAUGAAGAUCUAUGACUACUGUUCCCAUAAAUCCCUAGCCAUUGGUAGUGCCCAGGAAAUGUACCCACAAUUCAGUGCGGAGUCCAGAGACUGUGUCAAAAACAAUUCGCAAGUGAUGCUAGGUCUUAUUGGGGCUAGCAGCAGUUCAGUGACUGUCGAGUUGAAUAAAUUCGCCACAGCCCACAAAGUCCCAUUGGUGUCCCCGUACGCCACGGCUACUGAGCUGAGCGACAUGGAUCACUAUCCCUAUUUCAUGAGAACGGUGCCAACGGAUGGACCCCUGAUGGAUGCAAUUAUUGCAUUCAUGAACGAAUUGAACUGGAAAUACAUAGUCGUCGUGUACACUGAAGAUACAUACGGCACGGCGGCACUGGACGAGAUCAGACCUCGUCUGGCAGCCGCUGACAAAUGUCUGACCCUGGCUGUAUCUACCCCAUCAACAGAUGGCAGCAUUUCUGCAAUGGACAGAAUUUUUUCGAAAAUUCUUGCAACAAAAGCAACAGGAAUCGUAUACCUGGGGAAUGAUGUUGUAGCUGAUGCUUUGCUUAGAAGGGGCGAAGUUUAUCCCGAUGCUGGAAAGCUUCAGUGGAUUUUUACUGACAGUAUUUCUCUUUCUGAUAGAUUCCCUAAUCAGAAGUACCCUAGAGGAAUAAUUUCUAUCUUAUCGGGUUCUAGGAAAAUCAUAGAAUUUGAAGAUCAUUGGGUCAGGAUAGACGUUAACAACCCGUCAGACGAAAAUCCCUGGUUUAAAGAUUGGUAUAUGACGGAACAUGACUGUCGCUUAUCUGGCAAUACUAACCCAAAAUUCAAUAAUAAGCCUGACUGUCCCACACUGAGUGAGUCGGAGAGGCGCAACACUUUUGUACAAGAUCAGUUUGUGGAGCCUGCUGUCCAUGCUGUGUUUGGGUAUGCUUAUGCUUUCAAGAAAGCGCAUCAAGAUAAAUGUGGUGGGGUGCCUGGGCUCUGUGCAGCUUUGUCUGCCAUGACGACUACAGAAUUUUACCAAAAUUACCUUCGAGCUGUAGAUUUUACCUACACAAAAGUAGAGCGAGUUGAAAGCUUGGCAUCAGUCGGACUUGAGCCAUAUAAUGCUCCAGCGAAAGUCAAGUUUGAUGCUAAUGGAGAUAUCAUAAACCCAACAUAUGAUAUUUACAACUUUAAUGAUUACCCAGGAAGCCAGCCUUUCAAGUUUAGAAGACUUGGAUCACAUUUAAAUGGACGUCUGGAAAUCUUCAGUAACCGAAUACGAAUGUAUGAUGACAGUAGAGACAAUUUGCUCGAUCCAUCACCUUCCUCCCUCUGUCCUAGCACGGGAUGCAUGCCAUGCUUAGGGGUGGCAACCUCAACACCCUAUAUGUACAUACCAGGGGACAUUAUCAUUAACGGGAUUUUCACAAUUCAUUCUGCCGGAAGUGAACCUUUGCGAUGUGGAGCUUUCCACAGUAACAGUGGGACUGGAGCUAGACUGGCGGAAGCAAUGCUGUAUGCUAUUCAGCAAGCUAACAACAGGGGCAUUCUCAAUAACGUUAUGUUGGGUGGUCUAGGUUUUGAUGACUGUAUGAGUCCAGUCCUUGGUAAACUCCAGGUAUCGGAGGUCCAUCAGCACACCCGAACCAUUACAGAUUCUUCUAAUAAAGCCCUAAAUCCAAACACUAUAGAUAUGUACAUGGGAUCGUCGUAUUAUUCUACCACUGUUCCUUUGGCAUCAUUAAUGAAUGAUAUAAUGAGACCAUUGCUGGGAUACUAUUCAUCAAGCGCCAAACUCGGCGAUUAUCCGUUCUACAGAUACAUUUUCCCAUCUAAUUACUAUAUCUUAAAGGCAGUAGUUUUAAUGUUGAAAAAAUUAGGAUGGAACUAUGUGCAGGUUGUACAAACAACCAAUGACUACUUUGACAUAGCAUUCUCGGAUUUCAAAAUGCUGGCAGCAGAAGAAGGGAUAUGUGUCGUAUCUCAUUUUGUCUUUGAGAAGGAUGGAGAUAUGUCAGAGAUUUUCGACAAACUCAAGCAUGAGAUGAAUGUUAAACCUGUCUUUAUUCUCGGAUCUGACACCGACAUGCAAAUGUUAUUGACUACCGUUAGAGCUAACAACGCUGGUGGCAUGUUCCAUUUUUUCACACAUCUAACAGAACCUCAACAUUUGCAAGGUGUUGAAGACAUUGCAGAUGGCUUGUGGACCGUCCAUGCUGAUCCGUUAAACAUGCGAGGCUUCUAUGAUCAUCUCUCCCGUCUUCAACCCAAGACGUAUACACAAAACCCCUGGUUCAAAGAAUGGUAUGAAGAAAGAUAUAAUUGUUCACUGGAUGCAUCAAACAUGAGAUCAUACAAAACAGUCUGCGCAGACUCCGCACUAAACCCAAUCACUAAUAAGCUGAGCAUAUCUGAGGUUGACCUGUUCGUCUUUCCAGUUGUAGCUGGUGUAUACGCCGCAGCGUAUGCUUUAGAUGAGACUCUUAAACAUUAUUGUGGAACUUCAUACUCCGGAAUCUGUAGCAAUUUCCAGACUGCAGCCAAUAAAGGCAAUGUCUUGCUGCAAAAACUUGACGAAGUCGUAUUUGAGGUGGAGUCCGGUAGAAUGUUUAAAAUGAAAGAUAAAAGUGCUAACUUUGUUGUCAACUACCUGCUGUACAAAAAUCAAACAUUUAGAGAGGUUGGUGGCUAUAACUUUGAAACCAACGACUUGGUGAUCCAAACAGGACAAAUGAAAAUAUACGACGAUCUCCUCGCAACUAGCAUCACCCCCCACUGCACGGAGUUCUGCACAGAAUGCCUUUAUAUGUUCAACAAACAUGACUACCUAAAUAUUCCCGGAGACAUCAUGAUCCCAGCUAUGUUUGAUGUUCACUACCCUGGACAACUCCCAUUUCUUUGCGGAGAUAUUCGCUACAAGAAUGGCUUUCAGAACACUGAAGCUUUUAAAUUCGCCAUUGAUAGAAUCAAUUCUGGGAAUGCAUCUGUCAAGCUGAACAAUGGCGUUACGUUGGGUGGAAUUGGUUUUGAUGGCUGCAUGGACAACCACAGAGCGUCAACAUUAUUAUCGGCCUUGUAUGCCGGAGUGUACCCUUUAGAAAACGGACGAUUUACAAUUCCUUUGGAAAAGUUAACACACUGGCUGACAUACAGCAAUGAUUUCACUAUUGAUACAGCUGGCCAUCAAAUGGCUGUCGUAACGCCGGGUGCCACCAGUCCCCUUCUCGAUGACAAAACAGAGUAUACAAACUUCUUCCGAACGAUUCUUUCGGAUAGUAUGAUAGCUAAAGCAAUGGCGCAGACAGCGAAAAUGCUGGGCUUUGAAUACAUUAUCACACUGAACUCGCCAGAAAAGGGCGCUAGAGAUUCUCUUGCGAAAUUCAUGGAGUAUGCAAAGGCUGAAGGUAUAUGCAUCGGAGCCUCUUAUGAAUUUGUGUCUGAUGGCACAAUGGAUCAGCUAAUCCAAUACAUCCUGUCUUCCACAACUCGAGUUGUUGCAGUAUUUGCCGACCCGGACCGCUAUAUUGAAGACCUACUGAGAGCAAAAUCCUCCAAUAACAUAAUAUUUUUGGCCAACAGAGUAUGGUCGAAUCCAAUGAUUUCGAAUAUUCCAAUAAAUCUAUUAACGUACGCUGAGAGGUCUUUAAUGUUUGGAAGGUCUCAGGUUCAACUAAUAGAAUUUCGAAAUUACCUCAGCAACAAAUAUCCCGAUACAUAUAAGGAAAACCCCUGGUUCUACGAGUUUUACCAGGAUUUCUUUAAGUGUAACCUUGGCGAGAACUGGAAAUUCCCAUCGCAGUGCAUCAACCCGCAAGGCAGAUCCAUAACGUCAUCAUCGGGGAAUUUUGUGGAAGAUUACACGGUGCUACCAACCAUUCACGCCGUGGAGGCUAUUGCCAAUGGUGUACAUAAAACUCUGCAGAGGAAGUGUGGCGUCGGUUAUACGUCCGUUUGCUCAAAAUACUUAACAGAUUUAGAUACCAAUAAAAUGAUCAAUGAAUUUAUGGACAACAUGACGUACACGGAUAUUCUAAAUGAAGCAUUCCGAUUCAAUGAAAGGGAGGUUUCGAAAGAAAUGGGAGUGUUUGUGAUGAGUAGCUACGUUCCUACUCAGCAAGGAACAUUUGAUGAGCAGAAAGUUACGUUUGAUGCCAGUUUCCCUAACCAUUAUUAUGCAAACAUUAAUGCCAAAUGUGAAGGAGAUUGCGCCGUGUGUUACGACAAAGGCGCGCGAGAAGAGAAAUUCACUUAUUAUCCGGCAGACAUCAUGUUGAUAGGUUUGUUUGAUGUGCAUAAGAAAGGUCCGUCGCCUUUUACGUGUGGAGAGAUUAACCACAAACACGGAGUGCAGUUAGUAGAAGCCUUCCACUACGCCAUCCAAUACAUUAACAGCCGAAAUGAUAUUCUACCGGAAGUAUCUCUUGGCGGGAUAGCCCUCGACGUCUGUGAAAGUCCUGAACGCGCAGGAAAUCUCGUGGCCAAUAUACACAGCAAGAACCUCGAACUUAUGAAUAACCUAAACGUCCUAGAUCCCUCAAGGUUUGAUGUAUAUAUUGGAACUAUUGAGAGUGAAUCAUCCAUCCGUGUUGCAGACGUUUUGAAUUCUCUUGGAAUACCUCAGAUAAGCUAUGGAGCAACAACUCUGAAACUGAUGGACCAACAGAAAUACCGCUAUUUCAUCAGAACUGUUCCGGCAGACGACAAACAGGCUCGUGCAAUCGUUUCUUUCUUGAAACGGUUUGAUCUUCACCACGUUCAAGUAAUCCAUUCUUUUGAUAGCGUUGGAGAAUUCGGACGGGAAGAAUUUUCACGUCUUGCUUAUCUCAACAGAAUUUGCAUUGCUCAGAACAUCACUGUCGGUCAAAAUGGCAUAGUAGAAGCAGAAGACGCUAGAGCUGCUCUGAGAAAACUUUAUGAUAAACCUGACGCUAAGGUGGUUAUUCUAUUUGUCGAUAAUCCAAGACCAUUUUUAGAAGAACUUGAGAAAGAUUACUCUCUUAGGAACUCUUUUAGAUUUAUUGGAACAGACAAAUGGGGCGAAGAUCCAGAUAUGUGGGAUGGCCUUGAAAAUAUGAAACGAAAUAGAACUGCUGUGACCUUUGAUAUUGAAACCGCUGACCUGCCACUAUUCGACAUAUAUUUAGAAAACAAGACUCCAGAUACCUACACAUUUAAUCCUUGGUUUAACGAAUAUUAUGAGUUCAUAUACAACUGUUCUCUUUCCGGUGGAAACAAACCAGCUUGUCCCCAGAAAAAAUAUGGAAUUCCAAGAGCCAAAAACUAUGUACAGGAUCCAUAUGUUCUUUAUGUUUUCAACGCGGUUAUGUCCGCAGCUAUUGGGGCCGAGAAAGCUAUCAAGAAAAUUUGUCCUCCAAAUAGUAUAGGAGCUUGCAAUCUUUUCCGAACCAGCGGAGAGAGGCGUCAAGAAAUACUGAAGGGUGCUAAACAGGCUCGAUUUGAAGAUGCCACAAAGCAACCAUUUUAUUUCACAGAAACUGGGGAGAGUGAUCGUGGGUAUCAUAUCUGGGAGUCUCUAGAGAUGCCAGGCCUUCCAAAUACAUACUAUCUUGAAGACGUUGGAAGCUACAACGAUACCGAUUAUCUGAAGAUAGAUGCCAGAUACGAUCCGAAAUGGUUUGCACCAUGCACUGGAGUUCCUUCUUGCACUUGCCCUUUCCCUGAAUACCAGCCAACCAGGUACAUGCUAAAGGCAUCCACUAACCAACUGAAUGUUGUAUAUCUGUCUGACAUUCAUGAAUCGGAUCCUAAUAACCCUUAUGCCUGUGGAAAGAUUAACAGCGGUGGAGACUUUCAGAAUCUGAUGGCAUUUUUUUACGCUCUAAAUUUGGUCAAUCAAUACGUCAAUCUUCCAGCUACUCUGAAACUUGGAGGUCUGGCAUUGGAUACGUGCGGUACACCUGGUAGGAUAGGACAAGAUUUGUACAGUUUACUUAGCGGAGAAGGGAUAUGUGGGGAUGAAGGGGUCGGACAGGUGAUUGACCCAUCAACCAUCAUUGUUCAUUUGACUACAAACUCGGAUAAUGCCAUCGCUACGAGUAGCAUUUUGUCCCCUUUAAAAAUAACCAGCAUGAGUCAGAGUGCAACUUCAGUGGAACUAAGUGAUAAAACCAUUCAUAAUUAUUUUCUUCGAACGGUCCCUCCUGACAAUAUACAAGCAGUUGUUAUGGCAGAAGUCAUAAAAAAAUUUGGAUGGGACUAUAUCUCUGCUGUCUACAGUGAUAAUGCAUACGGUAAAUCGGCGAUCAAAACCUUCUUACAGAAUACAUCCACCAACAAGAAAACUUGUACCACAUUGAAGUUAUCUAUGAGUACAGAUGCUACUUUAGUGGAUGCUAAGAGUGUCAUUGAUGAUCUUAAUCAGAGAGUCGGCGCUCGUGUUGUUGUCCUUUUUGUAACGGCAAAGCACGCCAGACUUCUCUUACAAGCAACUUCAGAAAAGGGUCUGAAUCAAAGAUUCGUCUGGUUUGGAAGUGAUACUUGGGCGAAUGAUAUGUCCGUGGUACAAGGUUAUGAAGAUGUCGCUUCAGGAGCUCUGACUAUUCAAAUUAAAACCGAAAUCAUCGACAAUUUCAAAACAUUUCUGAAAACGUUGACAUUCCAAAAUCGUCAUGGUCUUCCCGCAGAUUGGUUUGAUGACAUCUACCAAACAUUGCAUCAAUGUAGGAUCCUAACAAGUGCUGUCAAAAAAACAUACACACAGAUUUGUUCAGGAAAUGAGCAAAUAACAGACGCUAUGAUACCGCAAGAUCCAUACGUACUACAUACUAUUAUAUCCGUUUUCAUGAUAGCACAAGGUCUAAACCGUAUCGACACCUGCAAGUCAUCUAACUUAGGAAUCUACUCUUGUCUGUCUCUGCAGGAUAGUAAAUUGGAUCUUAUUUACCAAGGCAUUUUGGAUGCACAAUAUCGAGUCUUGCCUAGUGAUUUGGGUGACAAGUCCUUCGAUUUCAGAUUUACAGAAGAUGGUUACGGGGAUAUUGGAUAUAACAUUCUUAACUUCCGAAGGGAUUCUACAUCCGGGCGAUAUGAGUAUAAACAGAUUGGUACUUACCAAAGAGAACUGAACCUCGACAGGUCCCUCUAUCAAGCCUACAGCUUCGCUCUCUCGAGAGCGCCCCCGUCGUCACAGUGUCCCAUAGGAGGACGUUGUGCCUGUGAAUACGCUAAUGGUACCAUCUACUAUCAAGAACACGAGGGAACCCCCGGUGUCUCUUACUACAAACUAGACGAUGGAAGUUAUGUCAAUGCUCAAACAGGGCAGAUAAUUCAAGUGGAAAGCGCUCCUGAAAUCGAUGAUCGUUUUCGAGACAUUUGGGGCAUUAUCGUUGCAACCCUGGCUGGUAUUGGCGUGUUUGCUUCUGUCUGCGUGUUUAUUUAUCUGUUGGUCAACUAUCCAUUUAAAAGUGGAACAACUGUGCUGGGAUUCAUGUUAUCGUUUGGUGUUGUUUUAAUGUAUGCCAUGGUCUUUACAUUCAUUGUCCAUGCUAACGAUGAAGUUUGUGGACUCCGAAGGUUCUGUCUAGGUCUUGUUUAUGCAAUUUGUUAUUCUGCUUUGUUCGUCAAAGUGGUCGACUGUUGGAGAAACAAGGAUAAAGAAGUUGAAUACACUGUUCAUUACAAGAAGCUUGGUAAACCUUUGGGUCUUUUCUUCGUUGCUUGCCUACUUGUUCUAAUUCAGUGCUUGAUAAAUACAGAAUGGUUGAUUUUAGAAAGCCCCAGGAUGGAGCGUGUCAUAUACAACAAUAUGUUAUGGCCGCGGUGUAUGCCAGACAAUUUCUAUGACGAAGGUCUUGUUUUGUCGCUUGUCUACAUCAUGGUCAUUAUUUGUAUAAGUGUUAUUCUUGGAAUUUUGUCUUGGAAAUCAAUCAAGAACCAUAGGGAAGUCCGAUGGAUUCUGGGGAUUUUUGCUUUAGGAAUUCCUGUUUGGAUCGUAUCUUGUAUCAUUGCCACGCUGGGAGAAUACAAAAUGCGUGACCCAGCCAUCGCCAUAAGUCUGCUGAUGAAUGCUACCAUUAUGUUUGUGCUAGGUCCAUUGCGCAGAGUAUACCUUCUCAAUGAUUUUGACGCAAAACUUGAACAUGAAUCCGAAGUAGACGGAAGAAGCAUUCGAGAUUCAAUGUAUGGAAGGCAAUAUGAUAACGUGGGGACACUACACGAUACGAACUCAAUGCGAGGCAGUUUAAACGUCCAAGAACAAAUGUAUUAUCCUGAGAAAAAUUUACCGUAUUGAGGAACCCUAUUGUUCAAGAUGAGGAACCCUCUGUUAACAUGAAAUUGGACGAUAUUGACCAUUCGUCGGACGCUGACCAGAGGACAUUAGACGUGUGUCUUGCCUGAAAAUUUGUAAACCAGACUGUUAUUAGUGCUGCAUGCACUUCUAAAUUUUACUUCCGUAAAAAUUCAUCCAUUGUUGUUUUUUGAAGGACUGAAAGAUUUUCUGUGAUAAAAGUGAAAUGAUAGUUCUUACAUCGACCCAACGAUUGUCCAUUAAGUAAAACUAGUUUAGAAUUACUAUUAUUCGAAUCUCUGCGCGUGUAAGGGGUAUUCUUCUAUGGAGAGAAUGCGGGAUGAUUGAGAGUGCGAAAUGAUGCAACAUGCAACACAUUGAAAUUAAACACACAUAUAUACAUCACGAGUGAUUGCUGUCAGAAAAUAUAUUUAUGUACAUUAUUUUGUAUAUUGUUUAUGAUUAUGAAGUUUUAAAUAUAGAAUUUUGUAUAUUUUAUAA